AUGACCACUACCACCACCACCACCUCCCUCGAAAGCUGCCUCGUUCCGCCUCCGGCCGGCGGCCCCGCCACCGUAUCCGUACCCCUCUCCUUCCUCGACAUCCUCUGGCUCUUCUUCCAACACCCCAUCCGCCGCCUUUUCUUCUACCGUCACCCAAUCUCCGAAUCCAUUUUCCUCGAAACCCUCGUCCCCAACCUCAAAAACUCCCUCUCACUAACCCUCGGACACUUCCUUCCCUUGUCCGGCCACCUCCUCUACCCCAAAAACACGGACCAAGAAAAGCCCUUUUUCCGCUACUCCGCCGGCGACUCCGUCCCGCUCACGGUCGCCGUCUCCGUCGAAGAUUUCGACGACCUCAUAGGAAACCACCCCCGAGACGCCGAUAGAUUUUACGAUUUUGUCCCGGAGAUGCCACCUGUGCAAGAAGAAGACAAUUACAAGCUCUUUCCCCUGUUAACCCUGAAAGUUACCCUGUUUCCCGGCCGCGGCAUAUGCAUCGGCGUGGCCAACAGCCACGUCGCCGGCGACGCCAGCUCGAUUUUCCGGUUCAUAAAGACGUGGUCGACAAUCUCCACCCACAUUGAUUCCGAUUACAGCUCAUAUUUGCCGGUUUUCGACCGAUCUUUUAUCAAAGACACGAUCGGAAUCGACUCGAUUUUCUGGGAGGUUCUGCGUAAGUUCCCGGUCAACCCGUCACCUUUCCCCUUGCCAACAAACCGGGUCCGGGCCACAUACACCCUGACCCGAACCCAUAUAGAGAUGCUCAAGGACUUGGUUCGGGCCAAGAAGCCGGACCUAGCCCGAACCUCGUCGUUCGUGGCCUCAAUGUCGUACAUUUGGACUUGUCUCGUGAAAUCCGGCAUUGAAGUCGGAGAAAAAAAACCGGAUAAGGACGUGCCCGAGUUGUUCAUGUUCCCGGUGGAUGCAAGGGCGCGGGUCGACCCGCCCGUGCCCGAGAACUACUUCGGAAACUGCCUAGGGUUUGGGAUGGGGAAAAUCGAGCACGGACGGUUGACUGGUGAUGAGGGUUUGGCAACGGCCGUCGAGGCCAUAUCCGAGGAUAUCAAGAAUCGGGUGAAUAAGAAGAAUGAGAUAUGGAAAGGUGCGGAGAAUUGGAUGUCGAAUUUGGGGAACUUUGGGGAGAUGAGGUUUAUGGGGGUUUCGGGUUCGCCUAGGUUCGAUUUGUACGGUGUGGAUUUCGGGUGGGGGAGCGCGGCCAAGGUGGAGGUGGCGUCGAUCGACGGGGAGUGUUAUUCGGUGUCCUUGUGUAGGUCGUGUGGUUCGGACGGAGGUUUGGAGGUCGGCUUGUCUUUGCCCAAGGAGAGGAUGGAGGCUUUUGGUGCUAUAUUCGACGAUGGGCUAAGACGCUGCCGGAUCCAGCCGUCGCCGGACACGGUGGCGGAGCUGACCCUUCCCCUCCUCCACUUCGACAUCGCCUGGCUCUACUUCCACCCCCUCAACCGCCUCCUCUUCUUCGAUUUCCCCUGCACCAAAUCCCAUUUCCUUGAUACCGUCGUCCCCAACCUCAAACUGUCCCUUCUCACCACCCUCAACCACUUCCUCCCCCUCGCCGGCAACAUAGUCCACCCCGUUGACUCCGGCCGGCCGUUCUCCCGGUUCGUCGUCGGGGACUCCGUCUCGCUCACCGUCGCCGAGUGCCACAAAGACUUCCGCCACCUCACCGGCAACCACCCCCGGUCCUGCGACGAGUUCUACGCCUGCGUCCCCCAGCUCCCGCCAGCGAGGCACGCGCCGGACGCCGUCAUCUUCCCCGUCCUCGCGCUCCAGGUGACCCUGUUCCCCGACCGCGGCGUCUGCCUCGGGUUCACUAACCACCAUGCCAUCGGCGACGCCAGCACCAUCGUCCGGUUCAUCAAGGCCUGGGCCUCCGUCAACCGGUUCGGCGGCGAUUCUCGGCUGAUCGACGAGAAAUCGCUCCCGUUCUUCGACCGGACCGCCGUGGAGGAUCCGGACGGUCUGGAUUCUAUCUAUUGGGAACAGAUGAAGAGAUCCAAACCCCCCGACUCCUGGCCGUACAAAUUCCCCAUGAAUAAGGUCCGCGCGACCUUCGUCGUGCGGCGGGACGACGUCGAGAAGCUCAAGGGGUUCCUCCUGACCAGGAGGCCGGAGAUGCACAUCACGGCGUUCACGGUCACCUGCGCCCUGGUCUGGGUGUGCCUCGUCAAGGCGGAGGCCAGGUCCGUGGCGGACGACGAGCCGGAGUACUUCGGCUUCGCCGCCGACUGCCGCGGGCGGCUGGAUCCGCCGCUCCCCGGGACGUACUUCGGCAAUUGCCUUGCGUUCGUCAAGGCCGAAUCCACCCACGGCCUGCUCCGGGGCAAGGAGGGUUUCCUAAUCGCGGCGGAGAGCCUAGGGUUAGCGAUACAGAGGACGGUGUACAGCGAGAAGGGGAUUUUGGACGGGGCAGAGGAUUGGCCGAUGGAGUUCCGUAAAUUGACAAGGAAGCGGCUGUUCGGGGUGGCGGGGUCGCCGCGGUUCGAUCUGUACGACGCCGACUACGGCUGGGGACGGCCGAGGAAGUUCGAGUCGCCGUCGAUCGAUCGGGAGACGUCGAUGUCUCUGUGUAAAUCUAGGGAUUACGAGGGCGGGCUGGAGUUCUGCCUGUCGAGGCCCAAGAAGAAAUUGGACGCGUUCGCGGCUGUUUUUAUGCAGACGCUUAGGAAUCUCAACGAAGGUGGAAUUUUGCGCCGGCGGGGUAAAAUUGGAAGAUUUGUCUCAGAUUCUCGAAUUCCAUUCCUUUUCUCCACUCCAUCUCCGCAGCAUCAUGAGGAUAACGUUCCGAUUUUACCAGUGGGGGAGUAUUACUCCGUCCCCAUCCAUGAAGUACCAGCAAUAGUUCGAACAGAUGACCUUGAAAGAACCAAUUGGCUCCUAUCCAGAGUGAAUGAGCUCCCGACAACCGUCAUCGGCGGCCAGAGGUGGCGGCCUGAACUGGAAAACCUUGGAGGAGAGCAGAACCAGGCGGCGGCUCAGCGAAUCGGCGAUGUGCGGCAGCCGCUAGGCUCGGCUUGCGCGUGGUGCGAACCGUCGGGAUUUGGCGGCGAUUCAAAGGUUCAACUCAGCGGGUGGUCGAACCUUGUCGUGGCUGGCCGUCGGGAAAAUCAAACAGAUCCGGGUAGCCGGUGGCUCGCACACGAACGACCGUCUGAUUUACCGGAGGCUCUCGCGUUGACAACAGAAGUAAGAUCGGUCACAGAACGACCGUCCGAUUUACCGAGAAUUGAAAAAUCUACCUUUUGGAGGCAGCGGCGCGACUGGGGGAGACGAGCCGCGAGACGGCCAGGCGUAGGCGCGGAUAUCGGCAGCGUAGGAGAUUGCGUCCCGGAGAAGAUGAUUCGCUGUGCGGAUGAACGGAUUCAGGGUUCGGAUCGGCGGGAAGUAGAGGGUGAGCGGCGCCGCCGAGAAAGCCACCGUGAGAAAAAGCUCCAGCAUCGA